UCUUGAUCUAAUAUACAAGCUAGUUUGAUCGGCAGUAAAGAUAAGACGAGUUUUACAUCGUUAGUUGUUGCUCUUUUUCAGACAAGCACGCAGAUUCCAACAGUAAGUGGCUUCCGGCUCUGAAUUUAUCAAUUGUCCCUGUAAAUUGAUCCUUUCCGAUGAGGAAGCACGUCCAGCUGAUCAAUGGAUUGAAUGAAUCUGUGAACACGGCCCAACCUUUGUACGUGUUCAUGUUUUGUUCUCACCCUGGUGUAGCUGUAGUUUGGGAACCCAUUGUCAGCGGGUGGGGCUCAAACUGUUGCACAUCUGGCAACCAGGAAGUUCUCCUGAAAAUCCGGCGUGAGGCUGGAAUGUGGACCUCCUCCCGAGUUUGGGACCUGCUCCGUGUCCGUUUCAAUCGCAGGUAGUCUGUUGACGGGAGGCGUGAUUGGGGAAUCUCAUCCAUGAGAGUCAGGACGGGAUGCUGCACAGAGAGGUGCUGGAAUUGCUGGUUAAUUGGCAAAGACAGGGAAACUCACACUGCUGCUGUAAACAGAGAGAGGGAGACAGAAAAUCCUCACUGCGGAUCCAAUGAAACUCACUCUGUGUGUGAGACCACAAGCUGUCACCUCCUGAGCUGGGAAACACCCCUCUUAAAAAAAUAAACACACACACUCGCAGUCAGCGAAACAUUGGCUGUGAACAGAUCGGAUCGAGGGAGAACACAUUUUUGUGGGCAACACUGUCCACCCCCAGAUUAAAGCAUCAACGUGAACCCAUCAUUUACCUCAAGACAAACGCAAAGGGAUGAAUCCUGGAGAAUCCUCUAAAUGAAAGAAUGAAUUUUAAACUUCUCAGAUCCCAAAACGAUAAGAAUGAUUUCCCGUGGAACACCACAUUGCAGCUCAGACAGCUGGAUGUAUUCUAAGGUUCAUAUUUCCUCUGCAGUUCUUUUCUUUAUUCUUGUCACUGUACACCAAGGAACAUGUGCUACGCUCAAAGGUCAAAAAGCAGUUUUCAAGCUUAGUGCACCUGAUGAAUAUGGAACGCUGUCACCAGGAACAAACAUUCCUUCACUUGGUAGUUUUACUCUCUGUAUAGACAUCAGGCUAAGGCAGAAUAAUAAAAAUAGGAUGAUAGCAUUUACAUAUAACACAGACAUCAAACGCAUGCAUUCUGUACCCCAUCAUGAACUUGGCAUCAUGAUAAAGGACAGAAAACUCGUCAUCUGGUUGUUUCAUAAACAGCUUACUGUAAGGAAAGAUAUUUCCUUUGCUAGUUGGCACUCUGUUUGUUUAACGUGGAAUGGAAAUACUCAUGAAACACAUGUCUACUUGAAUAGAACACAUGUACUUUCAAAAACACUGAACAAUGCUUACAGUCUUGGCCAAAAUGGUAGCUUGGUGCUUGGCCGAAAGCACAGUCGAGGGGCUGACCGUUUGAGACUGGAUCGUGAGAUAUUUGUUGGAGACUUGUAUUUGUUCAGAUUGUGGGAUCAUGCAAAAGGACUUCAGUCAAUAGCGCAACAGAACUGUGAAGAUGGAAAUGUCAUCACCUGGGACAGCCAGCAAUGGGACUUUGUAGGAUCAAUAUUGAAAUAUGAUCCCUCGCUGUGUUGCAGUAAACUUUCCGUCGCAGAUCCCAAGUCCGAAACCACAGAUUCAUCUACUGAAUGUGACGAUGACUGGAAAUGUGAAAAGCCUGAAGAAAGUCUACCAACAGGCUCUACAGCCCACCUAGGCUCCACGUCUUCUGAAGUUACAUUAUCUUCUUCAAGCACAAAAGAAAUCAGCAUGACACCUACUGGGACAUCAUCUCCACCAAACAUGACAGAAAUCAGCACAACACCUACUAAGAUAUCAUCUCCACCAAAUACAACAGAAAUCAGCACACCUACUGAGAUAUCAUCUCCAUCGAAUACAACAGAAAUCAAUACAAUACUGACUGGGACAUCACCUCGAAUGAACAGAACAAAGAACAGCACGACACCUGCUGGGACAUCAUCUCCAGGAAAUACAACAGAGAACAGCACGGCACUUACUGGGACAUCAUCUGCAGCAAACACAACAGGUACAGAAAAUGGGCUCUUUGUAACUAUACAGAACAUUAGCAAACUGUUGUUGAAAUAG